AGCUGUCGCCGGAGCCCAGCAGAACGAUUGAGCUAUGGCCGGCCUCAACUCACUGGAGGCAGUGAAGCGCAAGAUCCAGGCCCUGCAGCAGCAGGCAGACGACGCAGAGGAUCGCGCGCAAGGCCUGCAGCGCGAACUGGAUGGCGAGCGCGAGCGGCGCGAGAAAGCUGAAGGAGAUGCAGCCGCUCUCAACCGCCGCAUCCAACUGCUGGAGGAGGAACUGGACCGGGCUCAGGAGCAGCUGGCCACAGCCCUGCAGAAUCUGGAAGAGGCAGAGAAGGCUGCUGAUGAGAGUGAGAGAGGCAUGAAGGUAAUAGAGAACCGAGCCAUGAAAGAUGAGGAAAAGAUGGAGAUCCUGGAGAUGCAGCUCAAAGAAGCCAAGCACAUCACUGACGAAGCCGACCGCAAGUAUGAGGAGGUUGCUCGUAAGUUGGUCAUCCUGGAGGGUGAGCUGAAGAGAGCAGAGGAGAGGGCGGAGGUAUCUGAACUAAAGUGUGGUGACCUGGAAGAAGAGCUCAAGAAUGUAACUAACAAUCUGAAAUCACUGGAGGCUGCUUCUGAAAAGUAUUCUGAAAAGGAGGAUAAAUAUGAAGAAGAAAUCAAGCUUCUGUCUGACAAGCUGAAGGAGGCUGAGACCCGAGCUGAGUUUGCAGAAAGGACAGUUUCUAAACUGGAGAAGACAAUCGAUGACCUGGAAGAAAAACUUGCCCAGGCCAAAGAAGAGAAUGUGGGCUUACAUCAGACACUGGACCAGACACUAAACGAACUUAACUGUAUAUAAACUAAACCAGAAGAGUACUGUUUUAACACCAACUCCACUCCAGAGAGUGUGCCCUGUCUUCCUCUUUUGUAAGAAGUUCCGCUUAUUACCAGGUUUCCACCUUGCAGGAAAUGCCAAGCAGAUAAUGAAUUCAUGACCAAAUAUUUUGUGUUAGACAAGCUUUGAGCACCAGUUAAGUUUAAUUCUUUCCUUUUCCAUUCAAAUGGCACCAGCUUCUCUGAUUAUUCUUAUUCUUAAAUUGCAUUUAUUCCUAAAAUAGGCAGGGAAUUUCACACUGAGUAUAGUUGCUUAAGUCUGAGGGCAUUUGGUUCUUGGGAAUUAGUCAGCCCCACACUUUGAAGCACAGGCUCAAGUAUCUAAUCUUAGCUGGUUGCUGUUGGGGAAGUUUUGUGAGGCUAGGGGUUGUCACAAGAAAAUAUGUGGAAAUUUUCCACCCAGAGCAAAAAUUAAGUCUCCUAUGGGAAGUUAUAAAGCACAACUAGAUUAGCCUGAUCAUACUGAGUCUGCUCCACACGGCCCUGUGCAGAACAGAUUGUCUUUAAGCAUUCCAAGCGAGAAUGCUGGGGUGAUCAUUGUUGCCCAUGUGCCUUCUGACUGAGCUUUAAUGCUGUUCCAUGUUACAUCUUUCCUUCACUCCAGAAUUGUUCUCUGAGGAGCAAGCGUCUUAUUCCAGGACUUUUCUGCUGUGGUCUAAUGAUAUACCCAGCAGGGAAUAUGGCAGAGUCCAACCCUUUUCAGCCAGGGCUAUACGGCGAAACUCUGUCUCAAAUAAUAAAAAGGCUUAGUUGCCUUCAAUACAUUGAGCAUUGUACUAAUACCAAGUGUUGGGCAACAAAAGGUCUCUCCAGCAGCAAAGUAGUGAUAGAAAAAGAAAUUGGCUUAACUUCAUCUCCAUUGUUCAGGGAACAACAAAUGGAAGCUUGACUUUGCCAAGACUUGAAUUCCUUCGGGAAUGACACUAAUAAAAGACCAAGACCUCCUGAUUGAACUGGAUGUGGAGUGCUCUGUAGGCUGCACAUUUUUUGGCUUUGUAGUUUUCCUUUCUCAGUUAACAUCUCACACUGAAACAUUCCACAUUCCCCAGCAGUGCGGGGCCAACUCAAGUUUACAGUCCUGACUGAAAGUCACCCUGCUUCUAGCUUAUCUGAACCCUGCCCCUCACUCCUAUUUAUUAAGCAUCACACUACCAGGGAGAUGAACUUUGAGCAAACUGCAAUUGAUAAAAUCUACUCUGUUCUUUAUGUUCUUGCUAUUGUAUCAUACGUAAUAGUAUCACUUUUUCUACAUUUUGGUCAAAUAAAUUUUUGCAUAAAUAAUG